AUGCAGCCAGAGCCCACCGAAACUUCCACACCCCUUUCCAACAACAUCAACCCCCUAGAAACCAACGACAACUCCCAAUAUGGCUUUCAUGACCAUGAAGAGCUGCAAUCCGCAGACUUGCAAUUACGCGGCCCUCUCGUUGAAGACCGUGCGGGAUUUGCAGCUUCAAAUCGUACCAGUCCUGGUACCGGGUCCCCGCCAUCCAAUGGCCCAAGGGUCCAAGAGGAAUUGGCACGAUUGAGUCUGGGCGGAAGAAGUGGAGAAAACAGUCGACCUAAACCAUCAUUCCAACGAAUUUCGGAGUAUGAGAAUGCUUUGUCGCAUUCGCCGCCGAGAAGGCAGAGUGAGGGACCCGGAUUUAAAGUAAUCAAGAAGAAGGGCAGAAGACUUGACGCACCCCAGCUAGAUCAAUUCCCGAAUGAGGUCCUAACUCACAUUCUAUCUCACUUACCCGCGGCGUCACUCUCUAUUGUUUCUCAAGUAUCCAAAAAGUUCUACGGUCUAGUCACCACUCAUCACGCUUGGCGUGUCGCCUUUUCUCGGUUCUUCCCUGGCCCGGAUACCAUUGAUACCCCGGAUGCACCUAUUCAUACCAAUCGGCGCGGUUCUGAUCAAGAGGUUCGGGAACAACUUCGAUCGGAGCUACGCGUAUUCACUCGGUUGACUGGCCUUGCCUCCUGGCGCAGCGAAUACAUUUUGCGGACAAGGCUGCUUCGAAGCCUGGCUCGUGGCAAGCCAGCUCAGAUCGCUCCAGGUCGCGGUGCCUCCUCUCGCUCCAACAGUGCUGCCAACAACGCGAACGCAGUAGUGACAUACAGCUCCCAACUUUUUGCAACUGUCAAUCACAUCCAUGCCAACUUCAGUAAUGGCAAAAAGUCGCCCCGUUUCAUUCAUGGGACCGAGGAACUUGGUGCAGCUUGCUCUAGUGAUCCCAAUAUUGGCAAGGUGGACAAUUGGGGACUUUCUGAUCCGCAGGCUCUACCACAGUUCGCGGAGCUGUUUGUCGGGGAGCAGCCGUAUGGAUAUGGCGAUGGCCCCGCAGGGCUUCCGAACUCAAUGGACCUCAGCCAACCUUUUGGCAUGGUUUAUGGUGAAGGAUUUCCAGGAGGCCAGACCUACUUCAGAUCGACAGAAGAAAUGCGAGGCCGCUUUAUAAACCAUCCAAAUGAUAUUGUUGAUCAUCGGUGUGGUAUACCAACCAUUCCUGGAAUUACAGAAGCUAUCUCUGCUGUCUGGAUUGCCCAAUCGACUGCUGUUCCUGUUUCUACAAGUGGCCUGGUUGGAAUCAUGACUGGAUCAACUUUGGGCAUCGUUACAACUUACUCUCUUGGUGCGGAUACUCCUCAUGGACGCCGUAUUCCUAAAGGUCAGUUGACAGCGAAAUGGGUUCUCAGUCCGGGCGUUCCAAUCAUUAGCCUCAGGGUCGACGAUGCUUAUAGCCCAACACGUAAAGCUUCUGGCCGAAUCUGGGCUGUUGCUCUAAACGCUCUGGGGGAAGUGUUCUAUCUCACCGAGCACCUUAGGUCUCCUCUUGUUGAUGCCAAGGUCAAGGAAGAUGACACUAUCAGACAUGCCUGGAAUACCGGUCGUUCUGCAUUUUGGAAUCUCGUUGAGCCUUCGCGUCGUCUUGCCCGAGACGAUCCAUAUAAUGAGUCCGAGACUCAUGGCAGCUACUCGCCGAGGUCGUCCAAGCAACGGCGUUUGUCCAAAGCUCAAGUUGUCGCUGAGACAUUGGAAAUAGAAAAGUAUCUUGCUUAUCGUCCAGCUCAUUUCCGCAAGAUAUGUCAAGGGUGGGACAUGCGGAGACGGCUAGAAGUUGAUUUUGCUGGUGAUGAUGGCAACGGUGCUGGAGAGGGCAUCGUCGUGAUUAAGUGUGGUCUCGAGGAAGGGCAAAAUGCAGAGCUCAGAAGAUUCACGCGAUGGAAGGCUGAGCAGGAUUCUCGUAGAGAGUACCCAACGCCCAAAACUCCUCAAAUGCCCACAGAUGCACCCACAAUGGCCUCGUUGUUUGGUGGAGGCACAGUCAUUACACCUCCUAGGAACUCUUCCCCCGAUCGAUCUCGGACAUCAUCCGUGUUUGGGGAUAGGGUCGUGACAAGCUCUCCCAACAAGACGUCGCCAGAACACUCGCCAUACACACCGAGUACUCCAUCUCGACAGUCCAUAUCUGCGAAUCUUCUUGAGGAAUGGAGGACGUCACUUCUAUCAUUGGAGAAUCAUCCAGUAGACCAAAUUACGACAAGUGCAAUCGAUAUGUCCACGUACGCUUUAACUACUCUUGGCGAAGAUCCGCUUCAGACAGUCAAUGGCAACUCUGGGCUUCCAUCACCGUUUGGUACUCCUUCCGGCUCGGGUGUAGGCCCAACUCAAAUUCCUGGUCACAGAGCACGUUUCUUGGCAGUUGGGACAAACACUGGCAAUGUGGUCAUGUGGAAUAUGCGAGGCCCUCAAUCUACGAAUCCAGUAUUGGUGAACGAGUUACAACCACUUCGAACUAUUUAUACGGAUUCUCCACAGAUCUCCUGUGUUGCCGUAUCUGCUCUCCAUGUUGUUCAUGGUGGUAACGAUGGUCUUGUCCAGGCAUGGGAUCCUCUAGCCUCUACUCUUCAACCUGUCAGAACUCUCAAUUCCCGAUUUUCAUCUCGUGCUCGACGCCGUUUAGCUCAAGCAGAAGCGUCAGCUCAAGGGGUUGGGAUUAACCUUUAUGCUGCUGGCACCAUUGCCCUUGAUCCGGAUCCAACGAUAUUACGUGGGAUGGUCUCGUUAGGAACUCACCUCCGCUAUUGGUCCUAUAGCUCCUCCGCAGCCGACCAGUAUAAAAGCAAGAAACGCCGUCUUCGUCUUUCCAACGAGCGCGGAAGUAAUGGAGGUCCUGAUAAGUUCUCUAGUAGUGGAAGAGGUGCUUUGAUGGGCUACAUUGCUACUGAGCAAGAGGAACUGAGGAAGGAAAAACUGCGCAGGGCAAGAGAAGAAGCUCGUCUUCUUGGCAGAUUCGGCGUGGGCUUGGGGGGGUUAAGUGAAGAAGAAGCACUUAAAUACGCAGAGAUGGUAUCCGCCGAAGCUUUUCAACAUGAUCUAGAACGGCGCAUGAGCAUGAGCACGAGCACUAGUGAUGGAGGAUACCAUGCUGACACGGGUGAAACUUCCUCGGUGAAUGGAGAAGCUGUCUGGAGCAGCAGCAGCGCUACUGUGACUCCAGAAGGCAGCGUUCAAGGCCAAUCCUAUACUUCCCCCAAGCACAACGCGGACGAUGAAUUCGACCAGGAUAUCGAAGAGGCCAUCCGACUUUCUCUUCUCGAUGGGGUGGAUGAAGGCGGAAGAUCGCCGCGAGCAUCUGGUUGUGGGGAUUAUGACAUCCCAAUCAAGUACAAAGCCAAGAAAAGCAGACGCUCGGCAUCUUCGUCUCCUUCCUCCAGUAAGGCAAGCAAGCAUCGUGUCAAGACGAUGGCUUCUGGAAGCAGUUGCAAAGAACCCGUCGCUGCUGACGAUCUGGAUUAUGCCCUUCGGCUAAGCUUGGCGGAGGCUAGAAGUAAAGGGCAAGCUGUCGAGGAUGUGGAAGAGGAUGAAUUCCCGACUCUAGAGAGGCGUGAGGUUGUUGGGAAAGGCAAGGGGCGAGCGUGGUGA